GGACGACGUCGAUCACAAAACCCGGAAACCGCGCACCUGAGGGACACAGGUUACGCCGUUGGAUCUGCUGCGGUGUGGGGGCAGGCUGGAUUCUGUGAGGAGCCCUGGGUAGGGGUGGGGUGGUGUGUGGGGCAGCGGCUCGUGUCCCCCCCUCCCUGGGAACGCCACCCCCACCCCCUCCCCCCCACCCAAUGGACGACAAGAGGAAGAUCCCGAUCAUCGAGUGGCAGGACUUGGACAAGGGGAAGUUUUACGCCCUCGGGCUGGUGAUGACUAUGGCCAUUCGGGUCAGCGUCUACCCCUUCACCCUGAUCCGCACCCGCCUGCAGGUGCAGCGCGGCGCCAGCCUGUACGCGGGCACCUUCGACGCCUUCGCGAAGAUCCUGCGAGCCGAGGGCGUGCCCGGCCUGUACCGGGGCUUCCUGGUCAACAGCCUCACCCUGGCCUCAGGCCAGUGCUACGUCACCACCUACGAGCUGACCCGGCAGUACGCGGCGCGCCACACCGACAGCAAUGCGGUCAAGUCGGUGAUGGCGGGGGGAGCCGCCUCGCUGGUGGCGCAGAGCCUCACGGUGCCCAUCGAUGUCCUCUCGCAGCACCUGAUGGUGCAGGGGCAGGCCCUGGGCCGCUUCCGGGACGCGGCGCCCACCGGCCGGGGGAUGGGCCGGGCCAAGGAGGUGGUGGUCCAGAUCCUGCGGCUGGACGGCGCGCGGGGCUUCUACCGGGGCUACGCCGCCUCGCUGCUCACCUACAUCCCCAACAGCGCCCUGUGGUGGCCGUUCUACCACCUGUACACAGAGCAGCUUUCCUACGUGACUCCCAGUUUCUGUCCCCACCUCCUGGUUCAGGCUGUAGCUGGGCCCAUGGCAGCUGCAACAUCCUCCACUCUCACCAACCCCAUGGACGUUAUCCGCGCCCGAGUUCAGGUGGGCGGUUGCCGCUCGAUGGCGCAGACCUUCAGGGAGCUGAUGCAGGAGGAGGGGGCCUGGGGCCUGAGUAAGGGCCUUUCUGCCCGCAUCCUCUCUGCCACCCCGUCCGCGCUCUGCAUCGUGGUGGGCUACGAGACCCUGAAGAAGCUGAGCCUGCGCCCGGAGCUGGUGGAUUCCCGGCACUGGUAGCCCGCGGGCAGCGAGGGGGGGGGCGACGUGAAGGACAUUUCGGGGACUUUGCCCCGUGCCCGGGUCCCCCACCCCCCUGCCCUCCCCUCCCCCCGGCUUCGAAGUGCCCGCGAUGGUGAAUGAGCUGCGAUGGUACAGCUGUAACUCCUACCCCCAGCCCCCUCCCCAACACCCCCCAGGACGCCUGACACUGGGAGGGAGGGAGGGAGGGACUGAGUCUUCCUGGUGAACCACCGUCUCCCCCCUCCCUCCCUCCCCUCACCAAGGGGGGCGACUCUGAGGGAGGGUGGGUCAUAGGGACUGUGCUGAAACAGGGCCCAGGGGAACCCUGCCACACCAGCCUCCUGCCGUAAACACUGCUCAGGCCCAGGAGGACAGGCAGCCGGGAGGUACCGGGCUGGGGAGGCAUCAGCCUGGCUCCUGCCAGUACCCAGUGACUGUGUUUGUGGGGGAGGGGGCGGUCAGACACACGGGGAGAGUCGGUCAUCAACAGGGGUGACCGGACAUUGCAAUGGACGGAGAGUUUACCCGACAUUGACUGUGUGUCUGAGAGAGAGAGAGAGAGAGAGAGACUGUGUGUGUGUCUGAGAGAGAGAGAGAGAGAGACUGUGUGUGUGUCUGAGAGAGAGAGAGAGAGAGAGAGAGAGACUGUGUGUGUGUGUCUGAGAGAGAGAGAGAGAGAGAGAGACUGUGUGUGUGUCUGAGAGAGAGAGAGAGAGAGAGAGACUGUGUGUGUGUCUGAGAGAGAGAGAGAGAGAGACUGUGUGUGUGUCUGAGAGAGAGAGAGAGAGAGAGAGAGAGACUGUGUGUGUGUGUCUGAGAGAGAGAGAGAGAGAGAGAGACUGUGUGUGUGUGUGUCUGAGAGAGAGAGAGAGAGAGACUGUGUGUGUGUGUCUGAGAGAGAGAGAGAGAGACUGUGUGUGUGUCUGAGAGAGAGAGAGAGAGACUGUGUGUGUGUGUCUGAGAGAGAGAGAGAGAGACUGUGUGUGUGUCUGAGAGAGAGAGAGAGAGAGACUGUGUGUGUGUGUCUGAGAGAGAGAGAGAGAGAGACUGUGUGUGUGUGUCUGAGAGAGAGAGAGAGAGACUGUGUGUGUGUCUGAGAGAGAGAGAGAGAGAGAGAGACUGUGUGUGUGUCUGAGAGAGAGAGAGAGAGAGAGAGACUGUGUGUGUGUCUGAGAGAGAGAGAGAGAGAGAGAGAGAGACAGUGUGUGUGUGUCUGAGAGAGAGAGAGAGAGACUGUGUGUGUGUGUCUGAGAGAGAGAGAGAGAGAGAGAGAGACAGUGUGUGUGUGUCUGAGAGAGAGAGAGAGACUGUGUGUGUGUGUCUGAGAGAGAGAGAGAGACUGUGUGUGUCUGAGAGAGAGAGAGAGAGAGACUGUGUGUGUGUGUCUGAGAGAGAGAGAGAGAGAGACUGUGUGUGUGUGUCUGAGAGAGAGAGAGACUGUGUGUGUGUGUCUGAGAGAGAGACUGUGUGUGUGUGUCUGAGAGAGAGAGAGAGAGAGAGAGACUGUGUGUGUGUGUCUGAGAGAGAGAGAGAGAGACUGUGUGUGUCUGAGAGAGAGAGAGAGAGAGAGAGACUGUGUGUGUCUGAGAGAGAGAGAGAGAGAGAGAGACUGUGUGUGUCUGAGAGAGAGAGAGAGAGAGAGAGACUGUGUGUGUCUGAGAGAGAGAGAGAGAGAGACUGUGUGUGUGUGUGUCUGAGAGAGAGAGAGAGACUGUGUGUGUGUGUCUGAGAGAGAGAGAGAGAGACUGUGUGUGUGUCUGAGAGAGAGAGACUGUGUGUGUGUCUGAGAGAGAGAGACUGUGUGUGUGUGUCUGAGAGAGAGAGAGAGAGACUGUGUGUGUGUGUCUGAGAGAGAGAGAGAGAGACUGUGUGUGUGUGUCUGAGAGAGAGAGAGAGACUGUGUGUGUCUGAGAGAGAGAGAGAGAGAGAGAGACUGUGUGUGUGUGUCUGAGAGAGAGAGAGAGACUGUGUGUGUCUGAGAGAGAGAGAGAGAGAGACUGUGUGUGUGUGUCUGAGAGAGAGAGAGAGAGAGACUGUGUGUGUGUGUCUGAGAGAGAGAGAGAGACUGUGUGUGUCUGAGAGAGAGAGAGAGAGAGAGAGACUGUGUGUGUGUCUGAGAGAGAGAGACUGUGUGUGUGUGUCUGAGAGAGAGAGAGAGACUGUGUGUGUCUGAGAGAGAGAGAGAGAGACUGUGUGUGUCUGAGAGAGAGAGAGAGACUGUGUGUGUCUGAGAGAGAGAGAGAGAGAGACUGUGUGUGUGUCUGAGAGAGAGAGACUGUGUGUGUGUGUCUGAGAGAGAGAGACUGUGUGUGUGUGUCUGAGAGAGAGAGAGAGACUGUGUGUGUCUGAGAGAGAGAGAGAGAGACUGUGUGUGUGUGUCUGAGAGAGAGAGAGAGAGAGACUGUGUGUGUGUGUCUGAGAGAGAGAGAGAGAGAGACUGUGUGUGUGUCUGAGAGAGAGAGACUGUGUGUGUGUGUCUGAGAGAGAGAGAGAGACUGUGUGUGUGUGUCUGAGAGAGAGAGAGAGAGAGAGACUGUGUGUGUGUCUGAGAGAGAGAGAGAGACUGUGUGUGUGUGUCUGAGAGAGAGAGAGAGACUGUGUGUGUCUGAGAGAGAGAGAGAGAGAGACUGUGUGUGUCUGAGAGAGAGAGAGAGAGAGAGAGAGACUGUGUGUGUGUCUGAGAGAGAGAGACUGUGUGUGUGUGUCUGAGAGAGAGAGAGAGACUGUGUGUGUCUGAGAGAGAGAGAGAGAGAGACUGUGUGUGUCUGAGAGAGAGAGAGAGAGAGACUGUGUGUGUCUGAGAGAGAGAGAGAGAGAGAGAGAGACUGUGUGUGUGUCUGAGAGAGAGAGACUGUGUGUGUGUGUCUGAGAGAGAGAGACUGUGUGUGUGUGUCUGAGAGAGAGAGAGAGACUGUGUGUGUCUGAGAGAGAGAGAGAGAGACUGUGUGUGUCUGAGAGAGAGAG